AUGGAGAGGAGCACUCCGGUUAGGAAACCACACACUUCCACUGCAGAUCUGCUCACGUGGUCCGAGACUCCGCCUGCUGAUUCUCCCGCCGUUGGCUCCGCUCCUCGCUCUACUCGGUCCCACCAGCCGUCAGAUGGGAUCAGUAAGGUGGUGUUUGGAGGUCAAGUUACCGAGGAGGAGUCCGAAAGCUUAAAUAAACGGAAACCUUGUUCUGGGUAUAAAAUGAAGGAGAUGACUGGCAGUGGUAUUUUUGCAGCCAAUGGAGAAGAUGAUACAGCCGAAUUUGGCAGUGCCAACCCCACUCCCAACAGCAAAACAGGACUACGAAUGUACCAGCAAGCAAUUGCUGGAAUCAGUCACAUUUCAUUUGCAGAGGAAGAGAGCGUUUCUCCCAAAAAGCCUACUACUCUGCCUGAGGUGGCGAAACAGCGUGAGCUAAGUGGAACCUUAGAAAAAAUUUUACCACGACCGACAACUGUGCGUGCUUUGGCUCUUCAAGAAAGCAUCCAAUUGGGUGAACCUUCUCCACGUAAUCCUGCUGAAGGUCAAAUUUCUAGUGAGGAAUCAGCAGUGAAGACAGCAAAGAAAAUUUACAACCAGAAAUUCAAUGAACUUUCAGGAAAUGACAUAUUCAAAGGUGAUGCUCCUCCAUCAUCUGCAGAGAAACCUCUAAGUGUGGCAAAAUUGCGAGAGAUGAGUGGCAGUGAUAUAUUUUCUGAUGGGAAGGCAGAGUCGAGAGACUACCUAGGUGGUGUACGCAAGCCCCCUGGCGGCGAGAGCAGCAUUGCCUUGGUUUAA